CCAGCGAUUUGCUGCAAAGACAACAGUUUAAAAGGAACGUUGUAGAAGCCAACCAAUAGACUCCACACUCCUGGACGCCAACAGCCGUUGUCUAUAGCCUACUGUAGCUCGUACGUGAAGUAUUCUAAAAAUGGCCGUUAUGCUGAAACCCUGGACCGUCCUGGUUGCCCUGGUGCUGUGCGUACUGGUGUGUCUCGGAACCUUCGUGGAUGCCUACCCACCCAAACCGGAGAACCCCGGAGAAGACGCGCCUCCCGAAGAGCUGGCCAAAUAUUACACUGCGCUCAGACACUACAUUAACCUCAUCACGAGACAGAGGUAUGGUAAGAGAUCCGCUCAGGAGGGAGUGAUGUCAGACCUGCUGUUUGGAGACAAUUCAGACAGAGACCAGAGAUCAAGAUAUGAUGAAUCUUACAUGUGGUGAUUCUUCUUCCCCAUUGGGCAUUCUCUCCUGGUGUCCACCAAUACCUGGAGAGGCCAACCAGUGCCUCCCACAAUCACUUCACCAUCUACACCUGGACCACAGACCUUAAGAUGACCCUAAAAUCAAUUUCCUCUUUCUCCUUAUCCCUGUCAGGCUUCUCUCUCCCUCACACCAAGUCUCUGCCUCAUUUCUUUCACGUGAAGACAAUUGUACAUAAUUUAUUAUUGAAUAAAGAUAUAGAAUGCAAAAGAUCUAAUUGUUGAUUAAAUCACAUGUGUAACCUUCACUGCUGUAUGUCCUAACAGAGAAUUAUGUUUAAUUGUUGGUACUGUAUAAAUAAUAGUUUGUGUGCGAUUAAAGUUAGAUGGAUGACUAUUA